CAUCCAUACUGAGAAUCGAGAUAAACAUACCACUGACACAGGGAAAUAGUAAUUAUAAUAGCAAUUAUGGCACCCCUUGAGGUUUUGAUGGUCGGGACCGGAGAGUACACAACAGGCUUUGUGGGCGGGGGAGCUUCGAAAUCCGACAAGAAGGUGGGUGUUGUUGGCUUGACACUGUUCGACCUGAGGCGGCGGGGGAAGGUUGGGAAGCUCUCAAUGGUAGGAGUGUCUGGUGACAAAUAUCCCGCGAUCCGCGAGCAUCUUCAAAAAAAUAUCUCCGAGGCAUACAAUGGCCUCGACGUCUCAUUCGAAGAGUACCCCAAAGAGGGCAAACGUAAUCCAGACGCGUACAAAACCGCAAUUGAUGCCUUACCAAAAGGCAGCGCAAUCACCAUCUUCACCCCUGAUACGACCCACUACCCAAUUGCCUUAUACGCCAUUGAACGAGGAAUCCACGUCCUCAUUACUAAACCCGCAGUCAAACUUCUAGAACACCACCAACAGCUGCUCGACGCCGCCCGGAGGCACAACGUCUUCGUAUACGUGGAACACCACAAGCGAUAUGAUCCUGCAUACGCAGAUGCUCGCUUCAGGGCACAGAAGUUGGGCGACUUCAACUACUUCUACUCAUACAUGAGCCAGCCUAAGAGCCAAUUGGAGACGUUCAAGGCGUGGGCGGGGAAGGACAGCGACAUCUCGUACUACCUUAAUUCACACCACAUUGAUAUCAACGAGUCGAUGAUCCCGGAUUAUCGGCCUGUGCGAGUGAUGGGCAGUGCUGCGCGGGGAAUUGCAACCGACCUCGGGUGUGCGCCAGGUACGGAAGACACCAUCACGUUGCUCGUGGAUUGGGUCAAGAAGAGUGAUCCUGGUAAACGAGCGACAGGUGUUUACACAGCUGGCUGGGCCGCACCGCAGAAGGCAGGUGUUCAUUCAAAUCAAUAUUUCCAUUACAUGGCUAGCAAUGGAGAGAUCAGAGUAAAUCAAGCGAAGCGGGGCUACGAUGUCACGGAUGAUGACACGGGUUUGCUAUGGUAUAAUCCAUUUUACAUGAAAUACGCUCCAGAUGAGGAGGGGAAUUUCGCUGGACAGAUUGGCUACGGGUACAUCUCCUUCGAGAAAUUCGUAGAUGCCGUGAACGCCGUGAAUGAAGGCAAAGUUACGCUCGAAGAACUCGACCGGCGUCCACUACCGACAUUAAAGAACACGAUUGCGACCACUGCCAUCCUAGAAGCUGGUCGCAGGUCGCUAGACGAAAACAGGCCUAUUGAAAUUGCCGAGGAGAACGGCGUGUGGUCCUUGAAGUAAUUAGGGACAAUUCCGGUAGAGGUAUUCUAUAGCGAAAAAGGAGAAAAAGGCCCAAUUUUUUUGGUCUCCCAUUACCGCUUUUCGUAGCCUG